AUCAAAGAGAGUCCAUCUCCUCAAGAAAUGCAGCUCAGAUGCACCCCGGCAGGAAACAGGAAAUGUAAAUGUUUGGGUGAAGCAGGGAGCCAGCCGAAGCGCCCCUCGGGUGGGAGCACCGCCAAGGUAACAUGCGAAAGCAAAACCUCAUCGUGCUGCUUUCAGCCCUGUCACUGGCUGGAGGAUCUGCCGGGAAUGGCUUUGAAAAUGAUGGUUCAGGAGAUGGAUCACCGAUAUUACCCACUGUUGCAGUAACGCCUCCUGCUACACAUUCUUCCACCGCAGAUGACCACGAGCCAGUACUUGGCACUGCAGGUGCUACUGAAAGCGGCUCUGAAGCAAGAAGUACUCCAAGUACUGAACUGGAUACCGUAAACGAUCAGGACAGCCUAGAAGCAGCAGAACAGUCUAUCUUGAUAUAUGUUGUCCCUGUCGUGCUGCUGGUCCUGCUGAUUUUGCUCAUCAUAUUUUUUGUAUUACACCAUAAAAGGAAAAAGUCUAAGCAAGCUGGACAUUUGACAGAGAGGAAAGGGAUCCACCAAUGGCCAGCAGCACCUGGGCACACAUCCCUCCUUGGGUGGGAGCUAGUUCUGCUCCUGCUCACACUGCACGCUCAUGGGAGCCACAAAACAAGCCCCAGCUCCUGGCAAUGCUGGGAAUGGUGUAUGCUUACAAAAGCUGUCUUUAUACUUGAUUAUUUCAUGCAAGGCGAAUUUAAUGCUUCUAUUGCCUAUACUGCCCACAAGGUAAAGCUGCAUCAAUAAAAUAAGAAGAAGCAGAACCAUUUUAAGGAACACUUCUAAGGGAUCCUGUAGGGUGGUGGCAGCUAUGAAAAUACCACAGUAUGAGUUAGGAAUCCCAUGGUCAGAGCGGCUGGGUGCUAUGAUAGGGCGAGCAGUGCUUCCAAAAGGUACCUAUAUCUUGGUAUAAGAUUGCAAAGAAAUUGGUAACUUGGAGAGUCAAGCCACAGAAAAACUGAGGAUUAAAACCACACAGUUGGUAAGUGAAGUCCUGAAAUGGUCAUAUCAGUGUCUCUAUAGAACAAGAGUGCAGCUAUAAGCUCCUCAUGUUGAGCAGUGACAUAUGCUCAACGUGGAUUUAAAGUCCAUUUUUCAGGACAUACCUUAGGCUGCACAUGCCUUAUCACUGGGUUAUCCUCAUAGCAAAAUCUGAAUUCACAACCAGGUACUCAGUUGCCUGCCUGUUUCUGGAUGACCUGAAAUGCAAGUACAGUCUUCAGAGGGAUGGGAAACAUAGUGGCUUGCAGGAGCACAAUCCUGGGAUCUCUUGCCCUGUGCCUACUUGCUCGGAGCUGAGAUUUUGGGCAUCCUAAAAGCAGGGGCAAAAAGCUCUGUGGCCCUGGGAUGGCUCUGCAGUCUAUGAAUGUGCUGGAACAAGUGGGAGGCAUCAGUACCCCCGCAACAAUGAAUUAAAAAUAGGCUGAUUUAACACAGUAUACAAUGUGAAACCUAUAUGGAGUUCUUAAUUCUUUUUUGAGGGCACUUAAUUCCUAGAGGGGAAGUCAUUUGUCUGAAUAAUGGCUGUAACACUAUUCCCCCCUGCUUCCUCCUCCCCCAUCUUUACUUUGUCAUAGGGUUGUAACAAACUUGGGAUCCUUUCUGACAUCUGGCUAGUUCAGCUUCAUUUGCCUAACUGAGCUUUAAUCUGCCAUGCAAGUCCAUCCCCUCCUCUUCUCUCCAUGAGCAGCUCCCAGAGUCUCCAGGCAGAGACGGAUUGCCUGCAUGUCAUCUGCAUCAAAAUGUCCCAGCACUUCAAGUAAAUAAUUUUGCAGCAGCGGUUUCUUUCCAGGAUACGAUUUCUCUCACGACAUCUGUUUUGCUCAGGGAAGUGAGCAUCUGCCCACUGCAGUGCUAACAGUUGGUUUCCUCCCAGCAUGACUGAGCUAAAUAAUGCGCUGCUUUUAGUGUGCUCGAGAUUAAAAAUAAUGGGUUCCUCUGAUAAUUACAAACAGGAUGAGAUGCUUUGUCUUUCAUCUACAACUAUUAUGCCUUUUGAAAAUGAAACCUGUUUUACAUGACACUAUUUGAGGCUUGCUUGCAGUCUGGACAAUUUACAUACAAAAAGCAGAACUAUGAACACCAAGUUU